AUGUUCAGCGACAAGGUGAUGAAGAAGGAUGCAACAUACUUCCUGUUCACGACCAAGGAGAGCGACGACGACAAGGUGCUGAUCGAGAUCUCGUCCAUGGUGGUGCUGCGCAUGAGUGAGAUGGCCGAGGCCUUCCUGGGCCAGAGAAUCUCGCAGGCUGUGGUGACGGCGCCCGCGUACUUCAACAACCAGCAGCGUCAGUCCACCAAGGACGUCGUCUCCAUCGCCGGUCUGGACCUGCAGCGUAUCAAUAACGAGACCUCGGUCGCUGCCCUUGCUUACGGCCUGGACACGAACGCUGGCACGGAUGGCAAGGCCUGCAACGUGCAGAUCUUUGUCCUGGGCGGCGGUACCGUCGAUGUGUCGAUCCUGUCCAUUCGAGUACGGCAUCUUGAGGUCAAGUCGACCGGCGGCGACAGUGGAGAGGACUCCGACAACAACAUGGUGCAGCACCUGCUGACGGAGUUCGAGCGCAAGAUCCGCAACCUGGACCCGUCGGGCUCGGCCCGUGCAAGCGUCGUCACGGCCUGUGAGUCGGCCAAACGCAUGCUUCUGACCACUACGUCCGCUUCGGUGGAGGUGACCUCCCUGUUCGAGGGCGUGGAAUUCUCGUCCACCGUCGUUACCCGAGCUAAGUUCGAGUCCCUCAAUGAGGAGCUGUUCAAGCGCUGUGAAGUGACCGUGUUCAAGGUGCUGGAGGACGCCAAGAUGAAGCCCGAGGACUGGAGCGGGUCGGAGGUUUUACACGUAUUCCCUCAUGCUGUCCACGCUGUUCCGCGGCAAGGAGCUGUUCAAGUCAGCCAACCGGGACGAGGCAGUCACCUACGGUGCGCCGUGCAGGGCGCCACCCUGGAUGGCAUCAGCAACGACGCCACCAACUGCUGCUGGUCGAUGUCACCCCGCUGUCACAGGGUAUUGAGACUGUGGGCAAGUUCAUGUCGGUGCUCAUCAAGCGCAAGACGCACGUGUCCGUGA